UAGGGUCCUUACCUCAAGAAAAAAAGAUGGCGGCCUCCAUACUGGGCAGGAGGACGGCAUUAUUUACCGAAACCAUAUCUUUUUCUUUAAAUGCAUUUGCUCCGAGGAUUUGUUCUUGUGGUGUCCUACAACAUUUUGUCAGCUACCAUGCAAAACCUUUCAAACUAACUAAUGAACCGUAUGUUCCGGAUAAACAGAAUGAAAAGACUCCCGAAUGGCAGAAAACCGCUAAGUAUGACCGCAAACUCUUCGGACGGCACGGCUUGGCCUCUGGUAUCAGCCCUGAGACACUUUGGCCAAGUCCCAAACAACUUGAGGAAAUUAUAGCGGAAGAAAAGCAAUGGCAUCCGUCGUUGGAAGAAAUGUUGCAGAAUAUCGCUGCCAAGGAUAAGGAACUGGCAGCUAAACGUGCGGCAAGAGAGAAAGUGAUCGCUGCAAACAUGGCCAAGAUGCCACAGAUGGUGGCCAACUGGCGUCGCGAGACCCGGGAGGCCAGGGAAAAGAAGAAGGCGGAGAAGGCCAAGCGGGACCGGCUGCUGGCCGAAGCCAGGGAGCGCUUCGGCUACGCCAUGGACCCGCGCAGCCCCAAGUUUCUGGAUAUGAUCAAAGACAUCGAGAAGGAGGAGAAGAAGAAGAAGAAACUCCUGAAGCGGAGGAAGCAGGAGGAGCAGAGCGUGGUCGCUCCCGGGGCGGAGGGGGCGCCUGGGGCACCUGGGGCACCUGGCCCGGCCGCCUCCUAAUGCUGGGCCUGGGGCGUGCAGAAGGGUUGUACAUAGUCUUGUGUGUCUGGACAUUUAACCACCUGUUUUACCAGUUCUGCUGUAUGGGCAGCAUGGUGUAGCUGUGUGUGACCAGUGCAACUGGUCGGGUUUUCAAAUAAAUGAUGGUAAACACAA